GCAGCAGAAAACACCCUACCACGAUUCACGUAGAAAAAGUGGAGGAUUGAAGAAGAAAAAUAAGUUGGCGUUUGUAAAGUUGGAGCCAUGGCCCUGGGUGACUGUUGGAAGCAGUUGUCCUGGUUUUACUACCAGUAUCUUCUGGUGACGGCGCUGUACAUGCUGGAGCCCUGGGAGAGGACGGUGUUCAACUCCCUGCUCAUCUCGGUGGCUGGCAUGGCCGUUUACACCGGUUACGUCUUCAUGCCGCAGCACAUCAUGGCUAUUCUGCACUACUUCGAGGUUGUCCAGUGACACGAAGACCCCGCCCAUCCACCCGCAGGUCCUGUCUGUCUCUGGCUUCCUGUCCAUCCAUCCGCCUGCCAGCCGGCCCGUCUGUCCGCUGCCUCCUGGCCUUCAGGUGGGGGUUGUUUCCAACCACGCUGAGACAGAACUUUUCUCCUCCUUCUCCUUUUUAAAGCUGAUUAAGUAUCUAAGGUCAAAGCUCUGAAGGUCGCGCUCGGGGGCAUGUUGGACAUCGUUAUUCCCGGGACUGUUUCUCCUUCACUCACAUAUUUGGGAUUGUGAACAAUGUUGGGCUUUGAGGCAAGGCCUCAGAAGAGCGCGGGCUUGAUUUUGUUUCCUGUGUUUAAUCAAGCGCGCCUCACUGUUCUGAAAAUCUGUAAAUUAUAUGGAUGUCUGGUUGUUUGGAGUGAUCUUUUAUACCAUUAAGACAUGAAACCAUUGUUGUCUUAGAGUUUUAUGCAGGAUCAGGAAGGACUGCGGCUGCUGGACGAAUACUUUUAUUCCAUUUUAAUGAGAUGAUUAGACCAGGAUCAGAUCUCUGAGUGAGGCCUGGGGGUCAAAGUGGGCGGUAGCUGCUUUGAAGGAACGCCUGCAGCCUCCAACCCUCGUCACCAUCACUUUUAAAGCUUCUCUUUCAGCGCACAGACGCUCUUUAAUGAGACAUAUUAGCAACAAUGCUAAGUGUGUUUUCUGCAGUGUCACAUUAUAAAUGGUCAUCAAACAUUUGUAUAACAACGCUAACACCUGCUGUGUUAUAAAUGUGAGAGGCACCACCGAAACUACAACGAAAUGUGCGACUUACUGUGAUUAAAAU